UCGGGGCGGGCCCAGGGGCGGGCUUGGUCUGGGCACUGCGCAGUGACUCCGCAGCGGAGCCGGAGCCCGAGCCGGAGCCGGAGCCGGAGCCGGAGCCGGGAGCCGGAGCCGGCAGCCGGAGCCGGCAGCCGGGAGCCCGGAGCCGGAGCCCAGGCCAGCUCCGCUGGGCCGAUCGCUGGUUCGAUCCUCCUUCCCUCCCCCCCUCCUCCUCUUCUUCCUCUUCCUCCUCCCUCCCGCAUUAUCUACCCCCCCCCCCCCGACUCCUGUCGGCCCCUCUCCCCAGGCCUGCAGCCCCCGUGCGCGCCCGCAACCCUCGGCGGCCCCCUCCCCCCGGGCCGGCACCAGCGCCAGCGCCGGGACCCGGGGGGGGAGGACAGAGAGGCGGCGGCGGCGGAGGAGGAGAACGACGACGAAGAGGAGGAGGAGGAGGCCAAAGCAGCUGCCUCCGGGGGCUGUGGCCCGAGGCCCCGGGCACCCGCAGCGGGGCCCCCAUGGACGAGUCGGGGGGCGGCGCGGGGGGGGCCGCCGGGGAGAGCCCCAGCCGCGCGGUGGAGUACCUGCUGGAGCUGAAUAACAUUAUCGAAGGGCAGCAGCAGCUGCUGGAGACUCAGCGGAGGCGCAUCGAGGAGCUGGAGGGCCAAGUGGACCGGCUGAGCCGGGAGAACCGAGACCUGCGCGCCGGCGCCGCAGCGGCGGCCGGAGCGGGGCCCCUGCAGGCCCGGGAGAGCCCCUACCAGAACCUGCGAGACACCCAGCGCCUGCACCUGCGCCGCGAGCCCCGGCCGGGGCACUCGCACCGGACGCCGCCGCCGCCGCUGCCCAUCGCCGGGAAGGCGGCGUACGGAGCGCGGGCAGAGCACCACCACCACCGAGGGGAGCACCAGAGAGACGGGCCUUUCGGCGGCGCCCCCUGCCACCUGCACCACGAGCGCGCCGUCCGGGACUGCCCCGGGAGCCGCCACCACCCCUGCGAGGAGCCCUCUCCAUACCCGGGAGGGGGAGGCGCGGGGGGCCGGGGCGAGCAGCCUCCCCCGCCGCCGCAGCCCCCCCAGGCGCCGCCGCAGCAGCCUCCGCCGCCGCCGCGCCGCCGC